GCAGCAAGUUAGUGUGAGAAGGUUAGAGCCGGAGGAACAUCACUUCUAUCCCCUGAAGUGACUUAUUAGAAGUACCGCACAAGAUGAAGAACUUUGUGGUGUUUGCUGUUAUUGUCACGUUUUGUCAGAUUGGGAGGAAUCCUGCUAGUGGCUGAGUCUACCUGUCUGUGCAAUCCACCUACCUAAUUGACCUACCUACAGUACCUACCUACCUUCCUGCCUGCCUGCCUGCCUGCCUGCCUGCCUGCCUGCCUGCCUACCUACCUACAGCACCUACCUACACGGGGAUGUGCUGGCUCCAGCAGAGCCAGCGGUGCGACAUGGUGCUGAUGAAAGGGGUCACCAGAGAGGAAUGCUGCACAGGGGGCCGACUGGACACGGCGUGGUCCAACAACAGUCUGCCCAUGAACGAGGUCAGCCUGCUGGGUUUCCUCGGCAUCGUCUCCUGUAAACCCUGCAAAGAGACGUGUGAGGGUGUGAAGUGCGGUGCCGGGAAAGUGUGCAAGAUGAAGAUGGGAAGGCCACAGUGUGUGUGCGCCCCAGACUGCUCCCACAUCGGACGCAGGCAUGCCGUCUGCGGCAGCGACGGGAAGUCGUACAAGGACGAGUGUGUCCUGCUCAUGGCCCGCUGCAUGGGACACCCCGACCUGGAGGUCAUGUACCAGGGAGAGUGCAAAAAGUCGUGCUCCAACGUAGUGUGUCCAGGAACACACACCUGUGUGACGGACCAGACCAACAGCGCCCACUGCGUCAUGUGCCGCUCCACGCCCUGCCCAAAACCACUGCCCUCCGAGCAGCCCAUCUGCGGCAACGACAACAUCACGUACCCCAGCGCCUGCCACCUGCGCCGCGCCACCUGCUUCCUUGGCCGCUCCAUAGGAGUCCGCCACUACGGCCCCUGCAACAGUCCUCCGAGGAAACCGCACGUGUUUGACGGCAGCGAAGAAAACGCCAUAUAGACGUCGACAAAUACACCACAAGCUGACCUCUGAUUAUGUGACAAUCAUCCCUCCCUUUUGUAAACAAUUUGUUUGAUAUGGAAGCUGUGGCGUGGCGUUGGGGAGGUGCGAGCAGAGUGGUAGCCCCGGGGGGAAAUUUGGGGGUGCAUAAAAUUUCCAAAAAUAUGUAAUAGUAGUGGUCAUAAUAUUUAAAAAGUGAUUAUUUUAGACUUCCGUUUAAGAGUCCCUAUCUGUCCUCAAACUUUGCUUUAUAUGUUUUGAAAAUCUACUAGAGUAAUGCACCAUGCCACAGACAAACACAUUUUGGCUAUAAACGCUGACUCCAACUUGUUUGGUUCACUUUCGCAUUGUCCGAAGUUAUCAAAAAGUACGGCACGGAAGCUGUGUUGUAGUGUGGAAUAGUUGACCCGGGUGUAAUGUUUUGGGGGUGCGCAAAAAAAAAUAUGUCAUACAAAUAGUAGUCACAUCAAAAUGAGCGAGAAUUAUUGGUAUGCAAGCAGUGGCCGGUGUAGCGUUGGGGUGGUGCGUCGAGAGCGGGUGUACUAGGGCAAACCAUUUUUCAAUGUGGUCACCCUGGGGUGCAAAUUUGGGGGUGCACAAAUGUAAAAAAUUUGGGGGCUAUGAAAAAUGUCAAAAAUAUGUCACAAUAAUAGUAGUCGUUGUUGUCAUAUCAAAAUGAGCGAGAAGUACAGUAUGGAAGCAGUGGCAUAGAGUGGGGGAGGUGCAAAGCGUGUGUUUGGCAAAAAGGGGGUGGUUGGAAAACACUGAAUUUAAAACAUAUGUAGUAGUAGUGGUCACUAUACUGUGUUUGCAACAAGUGCCUUAACAGUGUCUAGUGGCUCGCUUUAAUCUCAUCUACACAUUUAAGUCCCUCUCUGUCACAAUGCCCACAACUGCGGCGGCCCUAAAAGGUAAAGACGGCUAAAAACUAAACUGGUGAACCGAGUGAUCGCUACGGAUCCACAAGUAACCCACGCUACACCACUGUUUGGAAGAGCUCGAUUGAAAACUGCAUGCCGGUUAGUUCGGGGCAGAUGAAUGCAUCACAAGAGACAGAACUCCACGGGAGACGUGUUCAUAUUGUAAAUAGAACACCGCAACUAUUUAUUGGAGAAGGUAUCAAUCACUAUUUAUGAUUUUAUCCUAAUAACAAAUCCAUGUAUCCUUGGGAAAGCUGACUCAAAACUAUAUAUUUAUUGUGCUUUGUUUUUAUUCCACUGGCGACCGCAUUUUUAUGGCCUGGUUUUAUGACAAGCACAGUCUUCUCCUCAUUAUGUCGAUGGGAUGAAAUCUGAGCGGAAAGCUAAGACCAAGUUUAUAUAGCUCGGGAAAUUUCAAAGCCGCACUGUGAGUGAUAAAGUAGUUGUUUAGUAUUUUAGCAAAGCAUGUACCUGUAAAGUAUUUAAUGUUUACUAUGGAAAGCCUUUUGAACAUUUAUUCAAUAUUCUUGAUACCCAGCCUUUGUUUCCCACUACUAAUGCCACUUUUGGCAACAACAAAACCUUACCAGUAUACUACUCUGCUGCACCAGAAACAUUAGGCCCAAUAAGUAGAUGUGCCACACUAGUAGCUUACUUAUCAAGGAUAAAUGCUCAUAUUUAUUCAAUGCUGAAUAUUGAUUCGAUAUCAUGAUAAGGGGGCUACUAGUGUCAGAGACUAUUUGGGCCUAGUAGUGUUACUAGUGCAGUACAGUAGUUUUUCAUUAAGGUUUAAUUGUGUAGUAAUAGGCCAAAAGUGGCUCUAGUAGUCGUAAAAAUGUUCCUGGGACACAAUUUUUCUACUAUUGCGCUGAAUUGUCUUAACUAGCAAGGACAAAGAGUGUACUAGUACAUGGACAUAAAGCUGGAUCUCAAGAAUAUCCACUAAAUGCUCAAAUAGCUUUCCAUAAACAACCACAUCCAAACAUUCCUGACAUUGAACAUUUUUUUUUUUUUUUUUCAACAAUACCUCCUCUGUGGAACGCUUGCCUUUGUUUUUGUUUUAUUUUGUAAAUACAAGGUUUUGUAGGACACGUGUUUUGGCUGCUUCAAUUUGGUCAGAAUUCCCCAAAAGAAUGUAGUGGAGAAGAUCGAAUUAGUCUCGGAAUGGACCACAGUAGCCAACACUUGAUGUCGCGCCAUCAGAGAUGAGUCAGGUCCGUGUCGUGUUGAUGGCCCCGAUGAACUCCACAAGUCCGUGGUGAAAAUCUGAACUCAGCACACGGACUCCUUGUGUCUGUAACCUACUGUGAAAAUCUGAGUAAUAAAUGCAUCCUAUUUUUGUACCGCCGUUUCCACAUUAUAAAGUUAUUACUAUAAGA